AUGACUACCACUGCCCCCAUAUCGGUCGCCGAAACCUACCCCCACUACGCCACGGCGUACGCCGGGCAGACGGCCAGCGACGUUCUCGCGAUCAAGGAAAUGCGUGAGCGUGGCUGGGAGGCGUUCAACACCCUGGGGCUGCCCACCGCUAGGCGCGGCAACGAGCCCUGGAAGUACACCAACGCCGGGCCCAUCGCGAGGGAAAGUUUCUCGCAUUCCGGCUUGUCCCGGGCCGGUGACCCAAUAUCGACGCUGGCGGACGUCCAGGCGGUCGCUCCGUGGCAACCCGACUGGCGCAACCUGGUGGUGGUGGACGGCGCGUUCGCUCCCGUUCUGUCAACCGGCAACACUACCGGAGCCGGCAUCGCAACGGGGUUGGCCGAUGCAGUCCAUUCGGAACCGAAGCUGGCCGCGAAUGUCCUGGGACAGCUCGCCCCGCCCGAGGAAGACGGGUUCGCCGCGCUCAACGCCGCGUUCGUGGGUGAUGGCGUUGGUAUAUACGUGCCGGCGGGAGUCGACGCUGGGGUGGUCAACGUCAUCUACCUGACCACCGGGCGCGACCAACCUCGGGCAACCCACCCGCGCACCGUGAUCGCUGCCGAACCAAAUUCUCGUGUCACCGUCAUUGAAACCUUUGCCGGUCCCGACACGCGCUACCUGACCAACACCGUGAUGGAAACCUCGGUGGGUGAGGGCGCCAGCGUCGAGCACUACCGGCUCCUGCUGGAAGGCAGCGAGGCCUACCAUGUGGGCGUGAGCCGGGUGGUGCAGCAAAAAGACUCGUCGUUCUCCUCGGUGGCGCUCUCACAGGGAGCUGCCCUGGGGCGCAACGAUUUCGGCGUCACCCUGGCCGGAACCGGUGCGCAAACCAUGCUGAAUGGCCUCUACCUGACCAAGGGCAACCAGCACAUCGACAACUACAUCAACAUCGACCACGCUGAGCCCUACGGCACCAGCCGGCUGUUCUACAAGGGCAUCCUGGGACGGACAGUCUCGCGCCGUGUUCGGUGGCAACAGGAAGCCGAGGUUGACAGCAAGCCCAGCCUGCUCAUCUACGCCGACGACGUGAAAUGCGGGCACGGCGCAACGGCGGGCCACAUCGACGUGGACACGGUGUUCUACAUGCGCAGUCGGGGCCUCGAUCUCGCCACCGCCAGUCGCAUCCUGAUCCAGGCGUUCGCCCGCGAGAUCAUCGACACGGUGGCGUUGGAACCCCUGCGGGACUAUCUCGACCAGCGGUUCCAGGAUGCCAUCCCUUCCGCAAACAUCGCUUUGCCCAUCGGAGGCCGCUCGUGA